AUGCACACGGUCAAUACACCCGGGUUCGUCGAGAUCGAGUCUUCACUUAACCGUGUGGUAGUGUGGUAUUUUAGGAAGAAUGUAGAUAACGUAGCUAGUUAUCGCGCUUUCCUCACAUCGAUAGAGUCAGAAUUAAUUGCAAAAUUAUGCGAAUGCACGCGUAUUCAUCCGAUAAAGUACAAUAUUAAAUUAGAGGCUACCUACGUCGUGCCUAACGUGGCUAAUAGCGCGCAGAAUCGUGCGUUUAAGACGUCGGCAAAGGAAUUAUAUGCACACAGCAAUGUCGCAAGUUCGGUCGAUCGAAAUUUUACGAGGCUCCUGGCCGAAGAAGACGCGUACGAGGGGAAAGGUAGCGGGUUCGCCUUGUCACACAUCGACGGCUUGCUCUUGGGUGUGUACGAGUACACGCCUUUGGGUGGAUCGUCGUACUUGCCAUUACCGGAAAGCAUACUCAGUCGGAAAGCUGUCGUUAAUCCUAAGAAUGUCGACCAACAAUGCUUUAAGUGGGCGAUUUUGGCAAAACACGUAGCGCAAGAUAAUCGCACACGAGUAGGAGCGAAUUAUUCUAGCGAAGAACACCGCUAUGACUUUUCCGCGCUAUCAAUCCCCACCCCAGUGUCAGAAAUAAAAUUAUUUGAGCGAGCUAAUCCCGGUACGUCAGUAAAUGUAUACGGUGUAAUGAAUUGCAAAAAAUAUAAAAAUAAAAAAUCUUCAACGCAAUCGCUCGCGUAUCCGCUGAGGGUGACCGACAAUGAGCUGGCGAAUCAUUUCGACUUGUUGCUGAUUACCGGGAAGAAUGGUGAAAAUCAUUACGCAUACAUUUCCAAUUUUUCGCGGUUAGCCAGCCUCCAAAAAAAUAAUCGCGAGCAUCGUUUAUUUGUAUGCAAAAAAUGUUUCACCAGCUUCGACGACCAGCCUUUAAAAUAUAAAUUACACGGCGAGCGAGCUUUGGCGAUACAUCGUUUGGUGUGCGGUGCACACAAGCCGGUAUUACCUUUAAUGCCUAAAGAAGGGGAUACGCUAGAGUUCAAGUCGUGGUGUAAGACGGAACGUCUCCCGUUCGUAGUGUACGCCGACUUCGAAGCUCUUCUCCUGAAAACCGCACAGAAACACGGUGCGAAUACUACGGCGAUCCACACGCACCAUCCUAUGAGCUACGGAUACUUAGUAGUCGCAGCGGAGGGCGUGCCAAUGGAGUUGUUCGAGCAGUUUGGAAUUCCAAGGACUCCCGUCGUUUUUCGCGGCUCCGUGACCGACGAUGAUGUGUCCGAGCGAUUUGUCCGGGCAGUCCUCGACGUGGGCGAGAGAAUAAGCAAGUUAUAUAAGACGGUCAACGUACCAAUCAUCAUGAGUGUCGAUGAUUGUCGCUUGCACGCGAGCAAAGCGUUGUGCGACUUGUGCUUGAACAUUUUCACCGAACAAAAUUGUAAAACUGCACACCACGACCACUUAUCUGGACGUUUUUUGAAAACUUUGUGUAACUCGUGUAAUCUUAAAUUGAAAACACCGAAAUUCGUACCGUGCUUUUUACACAAUCUUUCAAACUAUGAUUCGCAUUUUAUCGUUUCACAUUUGUCAUGUAAUAAUAACGCGAUUUCAGUGAUAGCUAAUAGCGAAGAGAAGUUCAUUUCGUUCUCAAAAUAUAUAAAUAAUACGUUUUCUAUAAGAUUUAUCGAUACGUGUCGAUUCAUGGCUUCGAGUUUGGCUAACCUAGCGGAGAACUUAACGACAACAAACUUCACCAAGUUUCGCGAAGUUGCGAAAGUAUUCACCCCGGCGGAGAUGUCGCUGACCACACGGAAAGGAGUGUUUCCGUACGAAUAUGUUGAUUCGUGGGACAAGUUGAACGAGACGACCCUACCGCCCAAGAUCGACUUCUUUAGCACGCUGACUGAGACACACGUCCGCGACGAGGACUAUGAACACGCUACUAGGGUGUGGGAUCAUUUCGCCUGUCGCAACCUUGGCGAUUACAGUGACCUAUACCUGAAAAUAGACGUCCUGAUCAGCGCUGAUGUGUUUGAGAAUUUUCGCGAGCUGUGCAUGUCAACGUUUCACCUGGACCCGGCACAAUAUUACACCUCUCCCGGGUUCAGCUUUGACUGUAUGUUAAAAUUCACUUCGGUGAAACUUGAACUUUUAAACGACUUUGAGAAAGUUUUGUUUCUCGAAAGCGGUAUGCGCGGUGGCUUGGUGCAGGCGAGCAAACGCUAUGCUAAGGCUAACAAUUUCAAGACGCCCGGAUACCGAAACGAUGAACCCGGCACUUGGCUCGUAUACCUGGAUGCUAAUAAUUUAUAUGGUUAUGCGAUGGGAAAAUACAUGCCGAUUAGUGAUUUUACGUGGUAUCCGGGAAAUCCCGAAGUGGCGUUGGCCCAGCUCGAGUGGAUGACGGAAACUGAUGAUUUUGGUAGAAUCUACGAAGUCGAUUUAUUCUAUCCACAAACUUUACACGACUCACAAAAUGAUAUGCCGUUCUUACCGCACGCUAGCAUACCACACUGA